GACUGCGACUAAUUGAUAAAAUAUAUUUUUCAGUGGGUAUAGAAAUAGACCAACACGCAGCAUACACUGAUGGACCCGUCCCGAACGCCCCGCCUCCAGUCUCGUGAUACAAGUCAGACAAGGACAUUGUUUAUUAGGUUUCCUCGUGAAUAUGACUUGCAUAAUGAUACCAAUUCACCAUAGCAAACAUUGUUACCACCACUACAGUAAGCGUUUCGCUUUUGGAAGUGCGGUUUGCAUUUGAUAGAGAGAGGCCUACAAAUGUACACAACGUAGUCAUGUAAAGCGAGGAGAAAAUACUGUCAUCCGGAAAUCUAGGAUAAGGAUAUAGCAAGCCGAUUUACGGAAAAUAAAGAAGUCAAGGAAGUAUACGCGUUUGAUUAAAGCUUUGCUAAUAUAGAUGCAUUUGUUUGCAAAUCCAUAUUUGUAAGAUGAAUUUAAGGCGAGCGAAAGAGGGCGAGAACGCCGACUGGAUGUCGUUUCUAUCAGGGAAGCUGGUGAACAUUCCACUUUGGGACUUGGCGAUACCCGGCAGUCAUGACGCCAUGAGUUACUGUCUGGACAGGCGGUCUCCCGUGCUCAAGUCGGAGUCCCGGUUUCUGCAAGUGUUGGACCGUUUAGUGCCCUGUUUCACGAGACCCUGUGUGGUGCGAUGGGCCACUACACAGACCUGGUGUAUCUCCGACCAGCUGAAUGCUGGGAUACGGUUCUUUGAUCUGCGCGUUGCCUGCAAGAAGGGCAGCAAAGAAGCCCUUUACUUUUCACAUGGAGUUUACACGCUUCAGACAGUUAAGGAGGCCCUGUCAGCUGUAGCUGUCUGGUUGCAGCAGCACUCUGAAGAGGUUGUGAUCCUGGUCUGCUCUCAUUUCUACGAGCUGGGUGAGAGAGAACACAGACAUCUCGUUUCCUUCAUCACAGGCCUGUUCGGACACAAACUCUGCCCUCCACAGGUGACUCCUACUCUUAGACACUGUUGGGGUUCGGGGCAGCAGGUAAUCGUCUCCUAUGACAACGAGGAUGUUGUUAAGCAGCACAAGCAGCUAUGGCCAAUGAUUUCCUACAGGUAUGCUGAUUCACCGGAUCCCAAAAAGGUCAUUUCAUACUUGGAGCAACAGAAGGCUGCAGGCAGACCAGCUGAAUUCUUCGCUUCCGGUCUGAACCUGACAGAAGAUUCUAGUUACGUGGUCCACCACCCGUGUGAGACCAUGAGGAGGAUGACGAUGAAGGCCGUGUCCCUGCUGCUGGGCUGGGUGGAGGUCCAGAGACCCGGGCCCCAGAGCACCUGCCUCAACAUCGUCUGUGGAGACUUUGUGGACCUCAAUGAGUUUCCCGCUGUUGUCAUCGCUCUUAAUGACAAACUGUUGAUGGAGAAUCAGAGAUGAUGGGGAGGGGGGGGGAUUCCACAAACACUUUCCUGUCAGACGAGUUUUUACCUUCUAUCCUUGUCUUCUGAAAAGAGGAAAACACACACACACACACACACACACUCACAAUACAUUCAAACUUCAUAGCUCAGGGCUCACAAAAGCACAUUUUAUUAAUUGACUUUUCAGUUUUUCUUAACAUAUCAAUUAUUGACAAUGAUCCUUUUUUUGCUUGAAAAAUAUACAAGUGAUCCGUAAUUUGACAUUACAGUUACAGAUUAGUAUGAAUACUUUUUUGAAAUGCAUUUUUAUCACAUUAUCAAGUUAUAAGGCCUCUUGUGUUCUCUUAAGUUCGACUCCAGUGUGUUACUGUGCAUGGUUUAUAGAAGAAGUGGAAAAACUGAUCCGUAUUCACCUGUAGUAGAAAACACAGACAAGCAGCUAACGUCCACAAACACUGAGGACAAACCACAAGUAAAGCUUGUUGCUUCAGGGCAACGAGUAAAGCUUUGACGCUGUAACAUUUAUCAGUAGUGAAAUAAAUCUGUGUUUACAUAUGA